AUUCAAUAAAGCAACUCAACACCCCACCCCCACCCCUAGCAUUCAUUCUUCUUCCACUUUCUCUCUCAAACAACACACACCCUAUAUAUACAUAUGCCUUAUUUGUCUCUAUUUGUACGUGAUAGAGUCGUGCUGCAAAAGCCCAGAAAAACGGUUGGAUUUAUUCAACAAAACAUGGUGCUUUAAUUCUCUCUUGAACACCACCGGUUCUUCAUGGGUUCCGAAGGGUUUGAGUUAGAUCCGUCAAAGUCUAGCAAGUUAAGCAUGGAGGAGAAGAGAGAGUUCGUAUAUGAAUUAUCAGAUUCGCCACAAUGUGCACCAGAACUAUUGCAUUCAUGGAGCCGUAACGACAUUCUGCAAAUUUUAACCGUUGAAACCGGAAAAGAAAGAAAGUUUACAGGAUUAACAAAGUUAAAAAUCAUCGAAAUCCUUCUAAAGGUUGUGACCGAUAAGAAAUCACACGAAAAGACCGCCAAAAGGCAGAGGAAAUCCGAGACUUCAACAAAUACUUCUUCACUGAACAACGUUGACUGUAGUUUAGCGUCUAACGAUGUCAAGAUUUGCAAAAAUUUGGCUUGUAGAGCUAAGCUAAGUCAAGAAGAUGGUUUUUGUAAGCGGUGUUCAUGUUGCAUCUGUCAUCGGUUUGAUGAUAACAAAGAUCCGAGUUUAUGGCUGACUUGUAGCUCAGAAUAUCCUUAUGAAGCGAUGUCAUGCGGUUUAUCAUGUCACCUAGAAUGUGCUUUGCAACAUGAAAGAUCCGGUAUUCCUAAAGACGGGCAUAGUAGAGGGCUCGACGGGUGUUUUUACUGCGUGUCGUGUGGUAAAGUCAAUGACUUGCUUCAAUGUUGGAGAAAACAAAUGACAACUGCGAGGGACACGAGGAGUGUUAACAUAUUAUGCUUUCGCGUUUCUUUAAGCCAAAAGCUAUUGACUGGGACCGUGCGAUAUGAAAAUCUUCACAAAAUUGUGAAUGAAAGUAUUCAAAAACUAAAAUCAGAUGUGGGUCCGUUGACCGAUUUGCCGGUCAAACAAGCCAGGGGUAUUGUGAACCGGCUCGCUUCGGGUCAAGAAGUUCAAAGACUAUGUGCAUUAGCAGUCAAGUCCCUUGAUACACUCUUAUCCAAUACGAAUAAACCUCUUGCAAAAGAUGAUGAGGAAGUCAAAAUAAGUCAAAGUCAGAGCUUGGUAACGAAUUCCAGCAGUCUUUCGAAUCCCUCUUCGGUUGAAGAUGAGAACAACAACGUUGUUGGCUGCAAAGACACAAAAGACAGAAAAACCGACACAUGUAAUGAACAAGAGAAGACCGCCCCUGAUGAUGUAAACAACAACGUUAAAAACGUGAAAGAAUUUGAUUCAUUUGUUCAUAUAACCGAUGGUGACUUACCUGUUAAUCCUUGCAAAACCAAACAGAUGAGACCGGAACCUUCAAAAGACAAUCUUGAUGACGGGUCUGGUAAGGAACAGGAUGGCAGCUGUUCGAAAAAGAGAAGUGGCGAAGAUCGUGAUUUUGGAUAUUAUGUUAAGGUGAUCAGAUGGUUAGAGCGUAAACAACAUAUAGAUGCGGAUUUUAGACAGAAGUUUCUAACGUGGUACAGCUUGAGAGCCAGCCCGCGGGAUGUUAGAGUUGUGAAGGUGUUUGUGGACACAUUGAUGGAGGAUCCGGCUUUGCUUGCGGGUCAGCUUGUUGAUGCGUUUUCAGAAGUGGUUACGAGCAAACAAUGUUCGAAAGGGUUGUGUUUGAAGCUUUUUCAUUGAAAGAUUCGUAUAGGGGAUUGGAGAGUAUUGAAAAGAAUGUUAGGGUUAUUGUUUACAUUAUUGAUUUAUUGGUUUAGAUGAUCAUCAUUCAUGUUAUAUUUGGUUAAGAAUUUUAUACAGUCAUGUAUACAAUAGUUCUGAUUUUAAUAUAAGUUAGUUAUGGAA